AUGAUAUUACGAAAUGUAGCUAUACGGCAUGGCCGGAGCGCCCUUGCUGCCCCUUUACGAAGAUCCUUCCUACGCUCCAUGACCACUGACACCCUCACCCACGAAACCGAUGCCCUAUCCCACUCAGUCCAUAACCACCUCAAAGAAACGCACUCUAUCGAAGCCAGUAUCAACCAACUCAACCUCACUAAAACUUUUGUGCCGCCCUCCGACGCCGGCGAGUCCUUAGACAGCAUCAAAACAGACUACGAUUCCCAGCAACGACUCAAUAAACGCACCGGGAAACUAGGCUCUGCUGUUGAGAAAGGAUAUGUGCCAGACGCGCUUGUGCGCAAUCCGCCGAAGCCCGCGGAUGUGACGCUGGAGCUGUUGAUGGCCAGCCAGAGCCACUUGGGUCAUAGUACCAGCUUAUGGAAUCCAGCAAAUCAGAGAUAUAUCUUUGGUAUCCGGCAGGGUAUUCACAUAAUCAGUCUUGAAGAAACCGCCGCGCAUUUACGUCGUGCUGCGAAAGUCGUCGAAGGUGUAGCCUAUCAUGGUGGUCUGAUCUUGUUUGUUGGCACGAGGGCUGGACAAGGUCCUGCUAUUGUGAAGGCGGCACGGUUAAGUAAGGGUUGUCACUUAUUUGAAAAGUGGAUUCCAGGGAGUAUCACGAAUGGGGACCAGAUUCUUGCAAGGUGCGAUAUCAAGGUUGUGGAUAAGGAUGAUGUUGACAUCACGUCUGGGUUUGAGGAUAAAAUUGGGGAUUGGAAGGCGUUGAAGCCGGAUUUGGUGGUCUGUAUGAAUCCAUUGGAGAACUAUAUCAUGUUGCAUGAGUGUGGGCUCAACAAUAUUCCUACGAUUGGAGUCAUAGAUACGGACGCCGAUCCUACUUGGGUCACGUAUCCUAUUCCGGCAAACGAUGACAGUUUACGCUGCAUACAAGUCAUAGCCGGUGUCCUCGGACGCGCCGGUCAAGAAGGCCAGGGAAGACGUCUCGAGGCCGCCAAAACCGGGCACAUAACCUGGCUCCCACCCCCCGGACUUGGGAGCCCAGAGACUGCGGAAGACAAAAAAGCCGCCGCCAACAAGGUCAGAAGAGGACCUCCGACCGCAGAUGAAAUUGCGGCAGAGCAGUCGAGGGGGAAGAGUAGCAAGCAGGAGAUGGAUGAUGUCGAUGGGGAGUUGUAA